GAGCUGCCUUGGCUGGAUGACCGAAGCCGAUGUCGCAUCGAGGUGCCCAAAAAACACACGCCUCACCGGACCUGUCGGAAGUGAAAGCCACGUGGCGUUAAACGGCGGAGAGAUGGCGCUCCGUGCUGCAGAUUUAGAGAAUGCUACACAUUUGUCUUGUCUAGGGAGGGACGGGGUGGGGGAGACGCGUCACCGGUCGCUAUGUAUAACUGCUGUUGCUUUCAGUCUGUGGCAGAGUUCACGGCUCUCAAGUCUCAACGUGUCGCCGCAGACCAGCUGAUCUCCUGCAGAAUAUUGUAGUAGGAUGGGACGUAGCUGCACCAUUGGGUGUCAAUAUUCUGGUCUCAUUUGCACUUCUGAAAGGGGAGAUUAAAAGCCUGACGCCACAUUAUUUACAGUUCCCAUGUUAGUGGCUGUUGAAGAUUACACAUCAGUUUGUAUUCUUAAAAAAAAAAAAAAAAUGUUAUGUGCAUGUUCUGUAACAUGUUAAAAAUACAUUUUGUAGCAGCUGUUCCAUCCUGAAGAAUUGGUUUUAUCACACAAAAGUGUUAAAGAGUUAAUCACUUUUUAUGCAUAGUCAGCUGAUAAUUUGGACUCUGAUCUGGAGUGCAUUCAUGUUCGGGGGCGGGCGGGGCGGGGGGGGUUUGAAGAAACAUUGGUUGCCAUUUUGACUGAAAAGUAGAGCUUGAACUGUGUCAUGACGAGCAAUACGGCUUUUUUUUGGUUCUGGGUCGUCCUACCACUCGUUCUGUGGAAAAAAACAUGUCCAAAUCUGACUGUAUCGUGCUGUGUAUUGCCUAUAUUGUUCGCACACGACUAAGAUUAUCAAUGUUCAGUGUGAUAUCGGGGGUUUUGAGCCACACAGCAUGAUUUCAUAUUUAAAAAAAAAAAAAAAGAAUUGCAGUUCUUGCCAAACCAAUGUAAGAAAGAAAAAAAAUAAGAAAAGCAAGCAAAUGACUUUUAUGUGUUCCUGGUUUUCUUUAUGAAAACUAAAGCACAGAAAAUUAGAGGGGUGGUAAAACUUGGCGUGAUACCCAGUGUUCUGUUCCCUGUUUUUGUUUCUAUUACUUUUUCUUUUAUGUGAGUUGCAUGGACUCUAUUUAGCUGUUUUAAAAAUAAAAAUAAAAGAUGGUAGCAUGGCUUAAACCCCAGAAUGGAGAAUAAUCUCUGCUCAUUGGGCUACAAAAACUACAAACUAUUGUUCUUGAUAGCAUGACUUUUGGCUGCUCUGUUCAGUGAGAACCUGCUGCCUCAUCGUAAGGCGAUCUGAUAACAACAAAAGUACAGUUUACGAUCUUAAUUUUCGUGUUUCCAAUCUUUACAAUGCGCUUACAUCCAGUAAAUACUAGGCAAGUUACGUGUAUGCAUUGGUGUCUUAAAGGAUGCAGCUAGCUGACGUUCACAGGAGACCAUUUUAGAGAUAAAUAAGCUUUCUAGCUGUAGUUAUGAUGUUCACGAGUAUGCUCUUUAACAUGCUGCCAGUUAAUCUCUCCCUCUCUGAGUUAAUCUCAGUCACAAUCGCAGUGUUGGAUUUCUGCCCGCGUUCUUUCUUCUUCCCUCGCUGCGUUUGCUCAACCUGUUUUUAUGAUGCAAUGGCUUUCUGCAAGCUUCAAUACUUCGACUGCCAGGCGUACGUUUGUAGGCAGAGUUUGGAAAUACAAAGUUGAGUUCCUUUUAUUUUCUUGUAUUUUUUUUUUUUCUGUACAUAGCUUCCAGAAACAAAUGUACAUAAAACAUGGCUGUUAUUUUUUUAUUAUUUAAUGUUGGAAGUGUUGAGUACAUUCAAUAUUGUUCUAUGAUUGUAUGUUGACAAAUUGACAGUUUUGAAAGUUAAAUUUUUUUGGAAUAAAAUUAACAUGUCUGAAAUUUG